AUGACUAUAUUAGCACGAGAUCCAUCGUCAGAGGAAGUGAAAUCUACUGUUAUGCCUUCAAACAUUGACUCGAACGAAGAGAUUCUUGUUGAUGAAGAACUGUCACUUUUUCAAGAACCCGAAGACUUCAGACCAAAGACUCCACCGCCGACAUUCACUACGUUUGAUCGAACUCCCGAAGACGUUCAAGGAGGUACCCCGUCGCAGUUCCAAUUAAGGCUUAUUUCUCCACAUUCGUUAUGGGGUCACAUGUUAUGGAAUGCUGGAAUUGUGCUUACGCGGCAUCUGGAUCAUAACAAGCAGCUAUGUCAUGGUAAAACUGUGCUAGAAUUGGGAGCUGCCGCUGCUCUACCCUCAUUCGUAUCGGCUAUUAAUGGGUGCAAGCUGGCAGUCAUUACUGAUUACCCCGAGAAGAAUUUGAUUGAAAACAUGGACUAUAAUGUUCGAGUGAAUCUACCAGAGCUGCUAGAUAGUGGUGUCAUUAAGAUUAUGGGACAUUUAUGGGGAGACGACGUAUCGCCGAUCUUAAACGAAUUGGUCCCAUUCAACACAUCUAAAUUCGACGUCGUCAUUCUAGCAGAUGUGAUUUUCAAUCACUCUCAACACAUUGCCCUUCUGAAAUCAGUGAAGGCUACAUUAGCAGAAGGAACAGGGAUUGUGUAUGUGCCAUUCUCACAUCACAGGCCAGAUUUAGCUCAUAAAGAUAUGGCGUUCUUUGAAUUGGCACAGGCUGACCCCUUUAAUUUUAAAGUUGAGAAAAUGUUUGAGGAGCGGCUGAAGCCCAUGUUUGAGGUUGAUCGUGGGCCUGCAGAGAUCAGAGCCACUGUGCAUGUUUAUGCUCUGAGGAUCUGA